AUGAAGCAUUUCAUAUUUUGCCUAAUAUUCUUCCUCAUCUGCAGUUCUCAGGACUGUUGGGGGAACAGUACAGGCAGAACUAAAGAGCAAGAACAGCAGAGCAUUAAUCAAUCGUUGGAAUCCGCAAAAUCAGAGUUAAAGAGUAAAAAAGAAGAAUAUUUAGGAGUACUUGAAGACGCAUUUACGGGAGGAAUUGAAUUUGUUAUAAACACAACUACCGACUCAAUAAAAAAAUUCAAUUCAACAUCUCGAGAAUUAAAAUCGUCUUUUGAUGCAGAGAUAAUUAAGAAUAUAAAUAAAAACUUUGAAUCACUCGAAGAAGCUACUUUAGGAGCUAUUGGAAUUCUUUUAAACACAACCGACGAAUCAGUGAAAAAACUCAACUCUACAUCUCAAAAGUUACAAUUGUCUUUUGAUGCAGAGUUGAAGAACAAAACAACGGAAUAUGUAGAAUCACUCGAAAAAGCAACAUUAGGAAGCAUCCAAUUCAUUACAGACACAAACAAAACGCUAGAGUCGUCUUUCGACAAAGCCAAAGAGUGGGUGGAGAUCUUGGAAAACAAAACUACUGCUGGAGAACAAUUAGUUGCUCGUACGCUUGAAAAUGCGAAUAAAGAGCUUGAGAAGAAUGUCAAUAAGACAUUUGAAGAUACUCAGAAGAUUCUACAAUCAGCUGGUACUACUAUUUUGUCGUCAGCUCAAUUGAUAAAUGAUGCGAGCGUUGCUGCGAAAGAGAGAACGGAGAGAGAAUUAAAAUCCCAAUCUGAGUCUGUUAUUGCUGAGUUUUACCAGAAGACGAACGAUUCAUUGAAAACAGUGGAGUCUGUUAUUGAGCAGACGAACACUAGCGUUGUGCUUUAUCUGGAGAACAGUCUAAAGGAGAAAGCGUAUCUAGAAGAUGUUGCUCUGCAGAAAUCAUUGGAUUCUAAAAAGGAUAAACUGGUUGAAGAUUUAAACGACGAGAAAGAUGCACUUAAAAGACAGUUGGAAGAAGAGCUUCAAGGAAAAAUAAGAGAUCUAGAAACACGUAAUGAUCUGCUAAAAAGUGAAUUGGAGAAGAAAAAGCUGGAAGUUGAGGAAAAGUGGAAUGAGGUAACUGAUGAACGCAACUUCAAAGAAGAAAUUAGAAGAAUUAAAGAAGAGCUUAUUGCUGAUAUGAAAUCGGAGUUUUCGCAAAACAAAACGGAAUUUAUGAAGGAAAUCAAAGAAGCUGUUAUUGCUGAAACGGCAGUGCAAAUGGAGAGUGUAAAAACAAGCCUCGAAGGAGAGAAGAGUAGGGUGAAAGGAGAGUUUAUAGCUGAAAUUGAAUCAGACCUUUCAGAACGCAAAGCAGAAUAUUUAGGAGAAAUCAGAGGUAAUGUUACUGAGGAAAUAUCAAAACAAGUACAGAGUACGAAAACAAUCAUCGGAGAAGAAAGAGAAAAAUCAAAGUUAGCAUUAGAAGAAAAUAAAAAUGUAUAUGUUGAAGAACUAGAGAAACUGAAAAAAAAAAUUGAAGAUGAACUAGAAAGAUUUUGUAAAUCAUGUAGUAAUUUAACCAGUAGUUCAAGUGAAUUGGAGGGUGGACAAACUCUAUUAAAAACCAACUUUGAGUCAAGAAUAGAGGCGGUCAAUUCUCCAGUUAUUGACAAAAAUGAAACAGCUACCAUCUCACAAUCUCCAGUAAUUAACAAAAAUGAAUCACAUAUCGUAAUAACUUCUCCAAUUAUCAAUGAAAAUAAAACAGAUAACUUUCCAUCCUCUCCAGAAAUUACCAAAAAUACAACUGAUUUUGUAGCAGCUUCCCCGCUUACCAAAGAAACAGAAGUAGAUAUCGACCCGGUCUUUCCAAUAAACAAGAAAAAUAAAACAGAUGUCGUAACGUCGUCUCCAGUUGUCGAAAAAAAUGAAACAGACACAACAUCAAGUAGUAAUCUGACCAAUAGUCUUAAUGCAUUGGAGAAUGGACAAACUCCAUUAAAAACCAACUUUGAGUCAAGAAUAGAGGCGGUCAAUUCUCCAGUUAUUGACAAAAAUGAAACAGCUACCAUCUCACAAUCUCCAGUAAUUAACAAAAAUGAAUCACAUAUCGUAAUAACUUCUCCAAUUAUCAAUGAAAAUAAAACAGAUAUCUUCCCAUCCUCUCCAGAAAUUACCAAAAAUACAACUGAUUUUGUACCACCUUCUCCAGUUAUCGAAGAAAAUGAAGUAAAUAUCGUCCCAUCCUCUCCAGUAAUAAAAAAAAAUGAAACAGAUAUAACAGAUUUUCUAGUAAAAAAUAAUGAAACAGAUAUCUUAACAUCUUCUCCAAUUAUCAACAAGAAGGAAAGCAUUAUUGUACCACUUCCAAUUUCCAACAAAAAUGACACUGAUGCUGACUAUGUUCCAACUAAUCUAAUUCCACAAGUUAUCAAUACUUCUAAAGAAAUGAAUCUAAUUGAUAGUGUUCACAUUUUCUUCGCUAGAUUGCGUUCCAAACAUUAA